CGAAUGGGACUUUAUACCUGAGUUUGUCGGAAUCAAUCAAACGCUUAGUAUUUGCGUGUAAGUGCUUGUUAAAAUAUCCUCGUUGAAAUGGCCUUGGAAUUCACUAUCAAACCUGUCAGCCUAUCUUUAGUUCUAUUUAUUGCUUUGAUAUGUCUUUGUAAACAAAUGGCAUGGGCGGGUUGGACUGCUGAUGGAGGAUAUGAAGGAGCGUAUCCGGGUGGAUGUACGAAGCUCACUGGAGAAUGUCCAGAAUUUGAACACUGCAUCUAUGAUGAAGAAGAAUGCCGUCCUGGUAGUAAUUUAUGUCGUUGCAUGUAUGGCUGUGUGAUGGAUGGACAUUACUUACGUUACGAGCAGUGGCGAAGACUUCCUGGUAGAGGCAUCUGCAUGUGUGAAAACCCUACUAAAAAUAAAACAAAAUGUGUGGAGCACUUAGAUGAAUUCUAAAAGAUAAUUGUCAAAGACAGAAAGUGGGAAGACUCUGAAAACCAGCAUUUUUAUUUUGUUUUUUAAUAUUUCUAGUACAAUAUGGUAUGGCAUGAUAAGAUCGGAGAUGUUUACCAUAAAAAAAUUUCUAGGCUGGAUUUUUUUCAUUACAAGGUCAACUGGUUUACUUAUUAUUUUCCCUUAAAAUUGAAAAAAUGUAAGUUAAAAUACAAGGGGAGAUAAAUGUGUUUUGACAGUGAGGGAGAUCCAUUUUUUUAUGGUGAUCUGUGAAUAAAAUGAAGAUCUGGGGUAAUGUUAAAAUACAUCAUAUUUAGUAGGGAAAGUUUGUUUGGGAUACGCAAUAUACACAUUAUAAAUUUGAGAUUUUUCUUGAUUUGUAGUUGUGUGUUAUAAUAGAUAUAUAGCUAUAUGUAUGCAUAACCUAUUUGUAUUUUUAUGCUAUGUUGGGGGAGAAAAUAUUUUAUUAAAUAUUAUGCAAUAUUUCGAUGGAUAUAUACUAAUAACAUAUUUUACUUUCAAAUAAUAGCUCACUGAAAUUGUCUCCUGUCAGCAAAGCUUGAGAAGAAUUUACAACAUUUAUCUCUUUCAAAAGUAGCCUUUGUCAUUAGAAGCCUGGAAUGAAAACCAUUUGACAGUUAAUGUUAUUUUUCCUUCAGGUCUCAACUGGUUUGGUCUUUCAUUUAGAGAACUUUGGUAGUUUUGGGCAAAUCAUGACUUUCUGUCUGUGUAAUAGAUUGAUGUUAUCCAGCCAUUUUGUCCUGCAAGAUAAAAUGUCAUUUCAGUGUUAAUGAAAGGAAAUCAUAUUCUACCAUGUCAGUGCCUAUUUAUUCUUGAUUUCCAAUUGAUUGAAUAAUAAUUAACACGCUAUGUACGAAA